AUGGAUUAUAUCAGCUCAGACGACGACCUCCAUGAUGACGAAGAAACGGGCCUCACAGCGAAGCAGAGACGCCAGAGGCGCCGCAGAAGGCAGCAGCGGCGACAGUUGGAUGCCCGUAUCGCCGACGUCAAGGCCUCGAAGCACGAUACAUUACCGUUGGGGUUCACAGAUAGUGAUGUCUUCAGGAGGCUGUCCAUUAAUGCGGGAUUGAUCCUGCUGUGGUAUUUCUUUUCGCUGUCGAUUUCAAUUUACAACAAGUGGAUGUUCUCCGAUGACGAUGUUGUCUUUCCUUUCCCCCUCUUCACCACGAGCUUGCAUAUGGCCGUUCAGUUCACCUUCUCGUCGAUACUCCUCUAUUUGAUACCCUCCCUGCGUCCGAAAGCGCCCGCUGCAUCCACACCUACAGGUUCGCCCGUGAGCGAGCAUGAUCCCUUUGAGUCCCGACCGGUGGUCACCCGGUUCUUCUACCUUACACGUCUCGUCCCCUGCGGUGUGGCGACUUCCCUCGAUAUUGGACUGGGAAACAUGUCCCUGAAGUUCAUUUCCCUUACCUUCCUCACCAUGUGCAAAUCAUCCGCCUUAGCAUUCGUCCUUCUCUUUGCCUUCGUUUUCCGCCUCGAAACCCCAUCCGUCAAGUUGAUCGUGAUCAUUGCUACGAUGACCGUGGGUGUUGUCAUGAUGGUCGCCGGCGAGACCGCUUUCAAUGCGGUUGGAUUUAUCCUCGUCAUUGCAUCGGCGUUCUUUUCGGGCUUCCGAUGGGGCCUCACCCAGAUUCUCCUCCUACGCCAUCCCGCGACGGCGAACCCGUUCUCCACCCUCUUCUUCCUUACGCCUGUGAUGUUUGUCUCACUGAUUGUCAUUGCGCUGGCGGUAGAGGGGCCGUUGGAGAUCAUCGCUGGCUUCCAAGCCCUGGCGGCUGCCCGCGGGGGCCUGUUUGCUGUUUUCCUGCUGAUCUUCCCUGGUAUCCUGGCUUUCUGCAUGAUUUCCUCUGAGUUUGCGCUCCUCAAGCGCUCUUCGGUAGUGACGCUGAKCAUUUGCGGCAUCUUCAAGGAAGUCGUCACCAUCASUGCUGCUGGGGUCAUCUUCCACGAUCAGCUCACUGCAGUCAACAUUACGGGCUUGGUGGUCACCAUUGGCAGCAUCGCGUCCUACAACUACAUGAAGAUCUCUAAAAUGCGCUCAGAAGCCCAGAAGGGCGCGUGGACACGCAGUCCCAAUCUGGACUCUGAGGACGACUCCGAUCCGACUGGGGAGCGCGGAGAGUACCGACGGAUCCGUAACCCUGAAACGAGCACUUUCCAAUCUCCGGGUAUCCAUGUCGACGAGGACAAUGUGAAUAUCACUCCUGAGGAUGACUUGACCGCUGGCGGUCGGCGCUCAUUCCGUGUUCGUGCCAGCGGCGCUAGCAAUGCGCUCGGGUUAAGCAUCAACACCACCAAUCUCGGGGACCACGAUAGAAAUUUCUCCCCUCGAGUGUCGGCCCCCUCGCCCUUGAAAUCGGCGCCCCCAGUCAUCACGUCCCUGGAAGCUGAGCUUAAUCGAUCGGCUUCUGGCCCUAGCUUCGGAAGCAAGCCCCAGACAUCUCCAGAACGGGCUUCACCGGAAGGACGCUCAGCUAGCUAG